AUGGCUCAAGAGGAGCGGCUGGAAGAGGAUGACUGGAGGAAGCUUGUGAAAGAAAAAAUAGGCAAAGGAAGCAACAUCAAAGAAUUGAAGGAUUAUGUGAUCAUCUUUGGGGAACUGUACAGACGCCUUCCGGGAGGUAUUUUGACCCGCUGCAUAGGGAUAACAGAAGCACAGGAGAAGCUUCAAGAGGUACAUGAGGUCACUUGCAAUUUGGAGCCAAUAAUCAGCUUGUACCGGCGCCUGCAGCGCAAGGGUUAUUACUGGCCAGAAAUGAGGAAACAAGCAGCUGAAAUACAAGCCAAUUGUCCCAAGUGUGCAAAAUACCUUCCCACCGAGGAAUCGUUCACCGUCUCAUUUGCGGAGGAUUGGAGGGCUCCAUACUUGGCAUCCUUCAUCAAUGGAGUCUGCCAACCAAUCCCAAGCAUGCACGCAAGCUCAAAAGGACAAUGA